UACUUUCCUUACUGGUAUUGUAAUGGCAGCAACAGAACCUAUCGACAUGGAAUAUCUCGAGGUGCUGAAGCUCCUCUUCUUGAUGACUUUGUCAUGUCUUACCUUUUUGCUCAGUGGCGGCAUGAUUUUUUACAUGGAUGGAUAAAAGUACCUGUGACUCAUGAAACACAGGAAGAAUGUCUUGGGAUGGCAGUGUUAGAUAUGAUGAGAAUAGCCAAAGAAAAGAAUCAAACCCCACUGGACAUCUAUAGCUCUAUCAGCUACAAGACAUUUUUGCCAAAAUGUGUUCGAGCAAAGAUCCAAGAGUAUCAUAUUUUGACAAGGAAGAGAAUAAGGUACAGAUUUCGCAGAUUUAUUGAGCAAUUCAGCCAUUGCAAAGCCACUGCCAGAAACUUGAAACUUAAGUAUCUUAUAAAUCUGGAAACUCUUCAGUCUGCCUUCUACACAGAGCAGUUUGAAGUAAAAGAACCUGGAAGAGGUCCUUCAGGUGAGGAGAUUUUUGCAACCAUUAUAAUAACUGGAAACGGUGGAAUUCAGUGGUCAAGAGGGAAACAUAAAGAAAGUGAGACACUGACAGAACAGGAUUUACAGUUGUAUUGUGAUUUUCCUGAUAUUAUUGAUAUCAGUAUUAAACAAGCAAAUCAAGAAGGCUCAAAUGAAAGCAGAAUUGUAACUAUUCAUAAGCAAGAUGGUAAAAUUCUAGAUUUGACUUUCGAUCUUUUAGAUGACACUUUGGUUGUAAUGUCAUGGUUCUUACUACAUUAUCAUUCAAAUUAUUUCUUUACCUUUAGAAUGGAUUUUGCUAUCAGUAAACUGAAGAAAACAGGUAAUCAGACUGGACUCUAUGUACUUCGAUGCAGUCCUAAGGACUUUAAUAAAUAUUUUCUGACUUUUGCUGUUGAGCGAGAAAAUGUUAUUGAAUAUAAGCACUGUUUGAUUACAAAAAAUGAGAAUGGAGAAUACAACCUCAGUGGUACUAAGAAGAACUUCAGUAAUCUUAAAGAUCUUCUGAAUUGCUACCAGAUGGAAACUGUUCGCUCAGACAGUAUAAUUUUCCAGUUUACUAAAUGCUGUCCCCCAAAGCCAAAAGACAAAUCAAACCUUCUAGUCUUCAGAACCAAUGGUAUUUCUGAUGUACCAACCUCACCAACUUUACAAAGGCAUAAUAAUGUGAACCAAAUGGUGUUCCACAAAAUUAGAAAUGAAGAUUUGGUAUUUAAUGAAAGCCUUGGCCAAGGAACUUUUACAAAAAUUUUUAAAGGUAUAAGAAGAGAAAUAGGAGACUAUGGUCAGCUGCAUGAAACAGAAGUUCUUUUAAAAGUUCUGGAUAAAGCACAUAGAAACUAUUCAGAGUCUUUUUUUGAAGCAGCAAGCAUGAUGAGCCAGCUUUCUCACAAACAUCUGAUUUUAAAUUAUGGAGUAUGUGUCUGUGGAGAGGAGAAUAUUCUGGUUCAGGAAUUUGUAAAAUUUGGAUCACUAGAUACAUAUCUGAAAAAGAAUAAAAAUUCUAUAAAUAUAUUAUGGAAACUUGAAGUGGCUAAACAGUUGGCAUGGGCCAUGCAUUUUCUAGAAGAAAAAACCCUUAUUCAUGGGAAUGUGUGCGCCAAAAAUAUUCUUCUUAUCAGAGAAGAAGACAGGAAGACAGGAAAUCCUCCUUUCAUCAAACUUAGUGAUCCUGGCAUUAGUAUUACAGUUUUGCCAAAAGACAUCCUGCAGGAGAGAAUACCAUGGGUACCACCUGAAUGCAUUGAAAAUCCUAAAAAUCUAAACCUGGCAACAGACAAAUGGAGUUUUGGUACCACAUUGUGGGAAAUCUGUAGUGGAGGAGAUAAGCCUCUGAGUGCUUUGGAUUCUCAAAGAAAACUACAGUUUUAUGAAGAUAGGCACCAGCUUCCUGCACCAAAGUGGACAGAAUUAGCAAAUCUUAUUAAUAAUUGCAUGGAUUAUGAACCAGAUUUUAGACCUUCUUUCAGAGCCAUUAUAAGAGAUCUUAAUAGUUUGUUUACUCCAGAUUAUGAGCUAUUAACAGAAAAUGACAUGUUACCAAAUAUGAGAAUAGGUGCCCUAGGGUUUUCUGGUGCUUUUGAAGACCGAGACCCUACACAAUUUGAAGAAAGACACUUGAAAUUUCUACAGCAACUUGGCAAGGGUAAUUUUGGGAGUGUGGAGAUGUGCCGGUAUGACCCUCUACAAGACAAUACUGGGGAGGUGGUGGCUGUGAAAAAGCUCCAGCACAGUACUGAAGAGCACCUCAGAGACUUCGAAAGAGAAAUUGAAAUCCUUAAAUCCUUGCAGCAUGACAACAUUGUAAAGUACAAAGGAGUCUGCUAUAGUGCUGGCCGGCAUAAUCUAAGAUUAAUUAUGGAGUAUUUACCAUAUGGAAGUUUACGAGACUAUCUCCAAAAACAUAAAGAACGGAUAGAUCAUAAAAAACUUCUGCAGUACACAUCUCAGAUAUGCAAGGGUAUGGAGUAUCUUGGUACAAAAAGGUAUAUCCACAGGGAUCUGGCAACAAGGAAUAUACUAGUGGAGAAUGAAAACAGAGUUAAAAUAGGAGAUUUUGGAUUAACCAAAGUCUUGCCACAAGACAAAGAGUACUACAAAGUGAAAGAGCCUGGUGAAAGUCCCAUAUUCUGGUAUGCACCAGAGUCACUGACAGAGAGCAAGUUUUCCGUGGCCUCCGAUGUUUGGAGCUUCGGAGUGGUUCUCUAUGAACUCUUCACUUAUAUUGAGAAGAGUAAAAGCCCGCCAGCGGAAUUUAUGCGUAUGAUUGGCAAUGACAAACAAGGACAGAUGAUUGUGUUUCAUUUGAUAGAACUCCUGAAGAAUAAUGGAAGAUUACCAAGACCAGAUGGAUGCCCAGAUGAGAUUUAUGUGAUUAUGACAGAAUGCUGGAACAAUAGUGUAAGCCAGCGCCCCUCAUUCAGAGACCUAGCUGUUCGAGUUGAUCAAAUAAGGGACAACAUGACUGGAUGAAAGAAAUGAACUUCACUCUGAGACCAGAAUAGACUUACAGAACAAAGUUUUGUAUUUCAUAUUGCUGUGGACUAUUGUUACGUAUAUCAUUAUUAUGUAUAUCACAAUAUUAGCCAGCAAAAGUGUGGAAAUACCUGCUUACUUUCGAAGUUUAGUGAGUUUUUCUUCAUGAGGAUACCAGCCAAAACCAUUGAUGAAAAGUCCUUAGCAAAGAGUUCUGUAAAAUAUUUCGGGAACCUGAUCAGUCAGUUAACAUCACUUUUCUUUGGCCAAAAUGAGAAAAUUAGACAUUUUUCAACUAAGAAUUAUGAGAGAUUAAAAAAUUGUAAAUUUUAAAUAUAUACAGAAUACAUAUGUACAGUUUUUACCAUAGUGAAUGUAUGACACCUUGGCGUCUUGUGUGAUGUUUUACACAAGGGCUGGUAUUCAUAAAUAAUGUUUUCUAAUUUUUCCAUAGUUGAUCUAUGAUAACUUCACUCUAUAGAUAAAUUAAGAUGCUCAGAUAAUUGAAUAUGCACCUUUUUGUCCUUGCACAUCUAUGUCACUGGCCAGCAAUAUAAGCAGGUAUAUACUUUAGCUUGUUGUUCUGUGUACUGUAAAUAUUUUUCAAAGCAAAGGGAACAAAUGUUUAGUUUUAUUUGUAUAGGGAAUUUUCCUGACCCUCUAGAAUACAUUUUGAAAUGGAACAAGUUUACAAAGAUUAACACAAUAUAUUUUCUUAUUUGUCUCCCUUGUAUUUGUUUGUGGCACGUAUGUUUUUUAAAUAGAACUAUCUCCAGAUUUUUCUAAGACUACCGUGAACAGUUUUCUUUUAAAAUUUUGAGAUUACAAAUGCCAGGAAUAUUGUCAUCCCUUGAGCUGUUUGUUGGUUGCCAAUAAGAUUCUUCAAUCCCUGGGACCUAUGGUCAUGCAUUAAAUUUAAGUGUAAGCUAUAGUAUAGAUUUUGUUUUUCAUAUAUAUAAGCCUGCUAAGAUGCACAGUGGGUUAGGAAUUUUUUUCUAAAGAAUGUAUAUUUUAGGGAUUUCAGAAAUCUAUUGCAGUCAUAAAAGAGAUCUUUUUUGUUGUUGUUAGAUUCUUAUAUACAAGGGAGAAAUUAAAUUGAUUUUUAAAAAUGAUUAAUUUUAUUCAAAAAUGCCAGUAGAAAAUUCUGUAUAUCUGGAAGAAAAAUGAGUGUUUUCAAUUAAGUAUAAAGGGUUGUUUAUUAUUGUUGUCAUUUUAGUGCUACUCCAUUUUAGACAUCAUAUCUAUGGUGGGUUUUUUUGUGUGUGUGUUAUUUAUACAAAGUUUAAAAUACUUGGAAUUUUGGUUAGAAAGAAAAUAGUUCAUUUUCAGGGCUAUAUUCUUUUUUUUUUUUUUUAACUUAAAGACUUUACAUUAUCUAACUUUCAGAGCUGGUUUAUAAAUGCAUAUUAUAUAAGAAAAAAAAGCCUCA